AUAGGUGACAGUUAAUUAAACAUUUCAAAACAGCUGAUAAUUUUUUAAUUUUUAAUCUGUUUUAAUUAUUUAUUUGUAGAAUAUUAAUGAAUAUAGGUGUUUUGUGUGUGUGACAAAUUUCUAUAAAUCAGGGAUAAAAAUGGCGGACUAUUGGAAAUCCCAGGACAGGAAAUACUGUGACUUUUGCAAGUGCUGGAUAGCCGACAAUAAACCAAGCAGAGAUUUUCAUGAAAAUGGCCGACGACAUAAGGAAAAUGUUAAGAAACGACUCAACACCAUCAGUAAAAACAGUGCAAAAGAACAAAGGGAUUCAAAUAAGAUGGAUGCAGCUAUUAAAGCGAUGGAGCUUGCCGCAAUGCAAGCCUACCAAAAAGACGUACAACAAAACACAGCUGCGGAUUUAACAUCUAUCGCUAUCAACCAAAGGCUGAAAGAUGAACAGUUGGAAAUUGCUAGCGGAGUUAGAAAAAUUUGGAAGGAACUGGUAGCCAAAGAUGGGAAGAGCUACUAUUGGAACACUCUAACAAACGAGACCGUCUGGACAGCACCUCCUGAAGGAUUUUUAUCUGUAAAAGAACAAAGGGAGGAAAGUUUAAAAGAAACAUCCAAACAGGUGAAAGAAGUCGAAAGUUUUAGGAGAAAGGAAGCUUUAUUAAGGAUACAAGAACAAAACCACGACGAUGAAGAACGAAGAGCCAAAUUAGAGAGAGAAAAAUUGAAAGCGAGAAGAGUUAAGGAAGAAACACCUCCUCCGACUUAUGGCCCUUUGCUGGACGAGGGCAAAAAUGAUGCCUAUGGCAAGUGGCAGUCUGUUAAAGAAGUUGCUCCACUAGACUUGCAAUUGCCAGAGCAACCAGAGUACCUGGACUGUCCGGUUGUGGUUGAGCCAGAGCCAGUGGUAAAAGAAUUCAAAGAGAAGGUUAUCGAGAGUGUGGGCAAUGAUCAGGGACCAAGUAGUUUUAAGAAAAGGAAAUUUUCCGCGGGAGCAAAAAGAAAUACCAGGCAGAGAUUAGAUGUUGAUUAAAUUAAAUAAGUUAAUUUAUAUCAUACAGACUUAAGCCUCAUUCGAAACCUCGAAAUUAUUGGAAUAAAUUAGUGGUUUUAAUUAGCGUAGUUUGUUCUUCUAAUUUGGUUUGGUAAGCAUUGAGAAGGUCAAAAUUAGUGGUUAAAAAAGUUAACAAACUGUAACUUUUUCCACUAAUUAUGCUUUAAAAUUUGACAGUAAUGUAAUUCUGGCCUUUGAUCAUCAUUCAUCAAGAGAAAUCGUGGUUAGAAACAAAAAUUUUAGUAUUUUAUAAGCUAAUUUAUUAGGCUUUCUCUAUGAAUACAAUUGACUCCUGACUCCCCCAAGCUGUUAAUAAUUUUAUGUUUUUUAGACAUUGCGAAUGAGCGUAAAUUCUUAAGUAUAAUAUCAAGUACUAUAUGAACGAAAAAAAAACCGGUGUCCAGUUGGCUUGUAAUUUUACGUACCAAAUGACAGCGAUCUUCAUUUCAUAGCCAUGGUUGACGCAGUUUUCUUUCGAUCAUAUAAAUGAAUAAUUGCAACCACUAAUAUAUUCCACGAAUUUUGAGCUUCUGAAUGAAAUAUUAAAGUUUAAUCAUAUUCAUAGAUAAACGUAAUGAUUAAAGUAUUAAUACCUGAAACCUUAAAAAUACACUGUAUUUGUCAAAUAAUUGAACAUACAUGUUUUUAUUCUUCAUACAGCCAUGUUGCGAAAAAUAAAUGAAAUUUCUUUCGUUAUUUCUUUGUUACCUUGAAAAUUUUGUCUAAAUCUCCCUUAAUAAACAAUAAUUAAGAAGUCUAUACAAAGGGAAGAUCUCUGACACUGACAUUUGUGACUGUCAUUUUAAUUCACAGGCAAAUUCUAUUUUCUGUCAUUUUUUGGAUGUCGACUGUCGAAAUGUUUCCCGAGUCGUUGGACAGACUAUAAAUUAAAAAAAUUAUAAUAAAAC